CGUGAUCAGGAACUUCCGUGUCUGGCAAUCAGAAACCCACAGUAACACGCGUCAGUCUGGGAAGCAAGCGGCAGACUUGGAGUGUUCUCUCACAACAUGUUUCCUUUGCUCUCAGCCAAGUGAGCACAGCCUCUUGCUUAUAAAAAUCCACGUCUCACCGUAUCCCAACACUUCAGCGGAUCUUGCCCACAUGGCCAAUGUUUAUAGCGUGAGGAACUCGCCUACUGUCGCGUCGCUGCGUUUAUGUACGUGUGGUCAUGACGUCAGAGUCUCGCGAGAUGAGAUGUGUGACGUCGGGAUUGUCCGCCUGGAGCCUAGGAGCGGGGUAUUAACUGCGUUGCGGGACGUUUAAGCAGCGAUCUGCGGGCUGUUAGGGAAAACGGGGCAGUUGGGUGGUAUGGCCAAUGUGGGCCUAGGUCUGUUAUUGGCCACCAUAACAUUGUGAUAUUUCCAGACCUGACUAUUCUUUAUUUGUGUCUUAAACCUAUGGCUGCCUACCAUUGCUGUGUCCCAUUCUGUAACAGUGACUCCCGUUACAACGCUGACAAGAAGAUCUCCUUCCAUAGGAUACCAGCCUUUCAUGUGGAACCCCAGAGGCAUAGGGAUUGGCUGAACAGGAUACGGCGGGAACCAGGGCCCACAUUUAAGAUAUCCAGUUGCACCAGAGUCUGUUCGAAGCAUUUUCUCCCGUCUGAUUUUGUGAGGACGCUAACGGGGAAACGGAAUCUCAAGCCGUCUAGUGUGCCAUGUAUAUUUCAGUGGACGAACAAUCAGGAGAUGGAGCACGAGACGCCAAUCUCUAAGCGCACUGUUAAGAAUACUCUUCAGCCUAUUUUGCCUACACAAGUUCAAGCACCAAAAUCAAGACCAUCCAUAACAGCGGAACGGACUGUCUCUGUCCUUGACCACUGCUAUGAUCUACCACCAAAGACAGAUACAGAAAUGCUGCAUGCAGCACGGGAAGAGAUAGCAAGGUUACAACAACGCAGCUCUGCCUUGGAGAAAAAUCGAUUCUUCGUGGAGAGAUUUUCCAGCGAUUCAAGCCUUAUUAACUUCUAUACAGGAUUUAAGGACUAUAGUACUUUUACAGAUGUUUUUACGACUUUGACUCAAGCAGAAGGAAACAUGGUAAAAUGGCAACAGUGCCAGCAUGAAUGUAACACAUCAGACUUGGAUGAAGAGGAGGAAUCGUUGUUGCUUAUUGAUCAGUUCUUCUUGUUCCUGUGCAAAGUACGCCAGGGAUUUUUUGAUCAGGACUUGGCUGUUAGGUUUAACAUAUGCCAAUCUACAGUCACCAAAAUUAUCAUCACAUGGGCUGACUAUUUGUACCUUGUUCUAGGCGAAGUACCAUUGUGGCGCAGUAGGGCGGCUGCUAGCCAAGAUAUCCCGGAUUGUUUCAGAGCAUCUUAUCCUCAAGCCCGUUUAAUUCUUCACAGUGCAGAAUUCAAAGUUCAGACAAGUAACCCUUCUAGUGUAUCGUCUCAACUAUACUCAUGUUACCGCAGCCAGACGACUUAUAAGGGCUUGCUGGGAAUAGCACCCCAUGGUGCUGUUAUUUUUAUAAGUCCAUUGUACUCUAGCUGUGCAUCUAAAAGAGACAUUACAAAAUCAUCUGGAAUACUGGAUUUGUUAGAACCAAAUGACUUGGUCAUUACAGACACUGAUUUCCACAUACAAGAUCUUGUUGAGGCAGCAGGUGCAGUUGUGGUGAUACCACCUAUAAUCACAACUGCUGGUUCACCUGAAGACUAUGGAGAAGCAACAGUCAUGUUGACUCAAUCUUCAGGAGAGCAGAAUACCAUGAUUAUUUUAGCACCAUCCGUUGAAGAUGACCAAGAGACACUAUUGGUUACAACCUCUGCUGGGCUGGAGGAUGCAGUAGUAGAACUUGGCCAGUCAGCAGAGGAGGAUGAAGUUGAUGACAUUGUACCAGAAGAGAAAUUACUCAUGGAGCAUUCAACAACUAUGGAAGAUGUUUCCGAAGACCACCACCAUGCCAUAAUAGAAGCCGCAAAUCCUAAAGAGAAUUUUAAGGACAACGAAGCUGCAAAGGUUGCUCAUUAUACUAGAGAAGAAGUGGUUGAAUCUACUCAAGAACCUGAGAAGGUUGUAGGCGAUGGUGCAGGGCUGGACAAAGAAAUAAAUACCCUAGCUCGUUUAAGAAUUUGCAUUGAUCAGGAUAUAGAGCGGGUUAGGCAAUAUCACCUCUUUGAUAAGGUUUUGCCAUUUACAUUAACAGGAGUGGCUAAUCAGAUAUGGGCUGUGUGUGCUAUGUUAACUAACAUCAACGGGUCACUGAGUUAAGAUAGGCACAUGUUAAAAUACGAGAAAAGUACCUAUCGUAGUUUCUAAAAACAAAUCAACAACAAAGCUAGCCAAAACCACCAGUCCCAUAAGCUGCGGCAUGUGCCUUUCCAGAGUGCAAAGAAUCCACGCAACAUACAUACAUACAAAGUAGGGAUGCACCGAUUUCGGGCUUCGGCCUUUUUCAGCAGGACUCCGAUUCGGCCGAAUCCUUCUGCCCAGCCAAACCGAAUCCUGGGGAGGGAAAUCGCAUGACUUU